UGUCUAAGCGGUGGGUUGGGCGCCCGCCGCCAUGGUUCAAUAUAAAUCCGUGCCGACUUCCUCAAUCCCACUUUGCAGGUUUGCAAAAGUCAAAGGGACCGUCUCACUUCAGGUUAAAAUAUCAGUCCCCCCCUCCAGGUUCCCAAGUUUCACCGAACAGCUUAAGAGCUCUCGUCGACGAUGUCCUGGGACGGGUAUAUCACGAAUUUGAUGGAUGGGAAUUACGUGAAGGACGCCGCUAUCGUGGGGUGCGAGCCCGGCCAGGAGUCCGUAUGGGCGUCGCACCCCGGGGGAGACUUCGCCCGGAUCACGCCAAGUGAAAUCAAGCGGCUAUUGCUAAAGGACCGCAACGAGCUGUUCCGCAAUGGUUUGACGCUGGCGAACACCAAAUGCACGGUACUCCGCGAUGAGCUAGGCGACGCGGACGGGCUCACCAUGGACUUGCGCACCAAGGCGACCGACCAAGAGCCAGACACCUUCAACAUCUCCGUGGGAAAAUCUCAUAAAGCUGUGUGCUUGAUUAAAGAUAAAGAAGUACACGGAGGUUUGCUGAAUCGCAAGGUGCACGGCAUUGCUGAGUACCUAAAGAAGUCUGGCUUCUGAUUCCAGAUCCACUGACUAGCAGUUUUUUUUGUUUGUUUUUUUUGUGGAUUUGGACUCUGCUUUCAUUAAAGAAAAGCCACUGCCCCCCCCCCCCCCCAAAAGUCGCCCGUCAGCUGCCCCAUCAUUAUCCAUAUAGACGUCUAUCUGCCCCCCCCCCACUCCAAAGUAUGACCACUAGGCAUUUUGGUAUCUUUGGUUUCCCCAUUGAACAAACUCAACUCGAUGCCAAAUAAAAUGAAGUUUAUACCUAA